AGAGCUUUUCCUGCCCGCCUGGGAGAAGUUUCCCAGAGAAAAAUGCCCCGUGUGCUGCAGCUGUUGGGGAACAAGCGGGAGCUGCCGCCUGCAGCUGCGACCGCCGCCCUCACCCCGGGAGGGAGCCGCCGGGGAGGGUUCUAGGAGUGGAGCACACCCGGCAGUCCAUAUUUGGAGGAAUCACCUAUGGUUGUAGAGAAGAGUUCUAGAUUGAAAUCAGAGGACCUGGAUUUGAAUCCUGACUGCCUUCUACUACCUGUGUGACCCUCAGAAAACCCCUUCACCUUUCAUGAUAGCACUCUCUUCAUCCAUAAAAUAAGGAAGUUGGAGCAGGUUUCAUAGUGAUAAUAUUGAAGUUUAAUUGUCCAAGAUGCCUGUUCCUCCUCCUCCAGCACCUCCGCCCCCACCAACAUUUGCCUUGGCAAACACAGAGAAGCCUUCUUUGAAUAAAUCGGAACAGGCUGGAAGAAAUGCCCUCCUUUCUGACAUUAGCAAAGGGAAAAAACUCAAGAAAACAGUCACCAAUGACCGAAGUGCUCCGAUAUUGGACAAACCUAAAGGAUCUGGUGGUGGAGGCAGCAGUGGUGGUGGAUUUGGUGGAGGUGGUGGUGGUGCUACCGGAGGUGGUUUUGGAGGGAGCGGUCCACCUGGUUUAGGCGGAUUAUUCCAGGCAGGAAUGCCAAAACUGAGAUCCACAGCCAACAGAGAUAAUGACUCUGGAGGAACCCGCCCCCCAAUUUUGCCCCCAGGAGGAAGAGCUAUGUCUGCAAAGCCAUUUUCCCCUCCAGGAGGUGUAGGGCGGUUUCCCACACCUUCCCCAGGCCACAGAAGUGGUCCUCCUGAGACCCCGAGGAACCGAAUGCCUCCUCCUCCCAGGCCUGACCUGAGUGCAAAGUCUGACAGCGGUCCGCCUCCUGUGCCCAGCACGCCAAGGCCAACACAGUCAAGCCUCCACAACCGAGGCUCUCCCCCGGUGCCCGGGGUACACCGGCAGCCCAGCCUGGGGCCAACCCCUCCCCCUUUCCCUGGAAAUCGAAGUGCAGGGUUUGGAGGCCCUAUUCGACAGUCAUCUCCAGGCUCCUCAUCCCCCUUCUCUAACAGGCCUCCCCUCCCCCCUGCCCCCAGCAGGGCGAUGGAUGACAAACCGCCGCCACCUCCUCCUCCGAUGGGCAACAGGCCGCUAAUCAAUAGAGAAGGGGCUCCCCCUCCUCCUCCUCCUCAAAACAAUAAGCCUCCAGUGCCUUCCACGCCCAGACCAUCGUCCUCUUCACAGGCCCCGCCUCCUCCCCCUCCUCCCAGCCGGCCUGGUCCUCCUCCUGUACCUCCUGUUUCCAGUGGGAAUGAUGAAAUCCCAAGGCUUCCCCAACGGAAUCUAUCCCUCACUUCUUCUGCACCUCCCUUACCUUCACCGGGGCGUUCAGGUCCACUUCCUCCCCCACCCAAUGAGAGGCCACCUCCUCCAGUGAGAGAUCCGCCGAGCAGAUCAGGACCUCUCCCACCUCCUCCACCUAUAAACAGAAAUGGCAAUACUUCCCGAGCACUGCCUUCUACUCCUCAGCUGCCUUCCAGAGGUGGAUUAGAAAACCAGAGAGGUAGCCCAAGGCCCCCUCUUCCUCCAGACAGGCCUGGCUCUGGAGCUCCACCUCCCCCACCACCCUCAUCUUCAAUGAGAAAUGGCUUUCAAGACUCGUCAUUAGAAGAUGAAUGGGAAAGCAGAUUUUACUUCCAUCCACUAUCUGAUUUGCCACCUCCAGAACCAUAUGUACCAAUGACCAAGAGUUACCCCAGUAAAUUGGCAAGAAACGAAAGCCGAAGUGGCUCUAAUAGGAGAGAAAGAGGAGCUCCCCCACUUCCCCCAAUUCCCAGGUGAAUGGGGUGGCCAACCUGCCCCAGCCCAAUCGCUGUAUUUACCUGAACCGAAGAGCUGCUUCUGUUGUCACCGUUGGAAAACCAGCCCCUUUACCCCACCCCGAUCCUUGCCUCCUUUUUUUGUGUGUAUGUGCCCCCUUCAUGUGGCUAAAGGGUGGGGCUAUAGGGAUGCUUGUGUGGGGUUUGUGGAUUUACCAAAAAUCAAGUAACAAAAUACACUUAGAGUUUAUGACCAGUAUGUAAAUAUAUAUGCAUCUAUACAUACAUACAUACAUAUGUAUGUAUGCAUGUAUAUAUAAUGUGUAUGUAUAUACAUACAUACAUAUAUGUAUUACUCCCAAAUCUAUUGCUUGCUUCAGUUGCUGCCUUCAGGUAAAGCCUCUCAUGACAAGUUGGCAAAGUAAUGAGAGUUUUGAAACUCAUGUUAGCAGCUUUUAAAGAACAAAGUCUGAGCAUUUACUGCCUAUUUGCCUUAAACCUAUACUUGGUUAAAGCCUAUUAUUCACCUAAGAAGUAGGCUUGCUUAUUUAAUUUUUCUCUCCCAUCUUUGCAUGUUUGGCCUAUUUCCUACUAUGAACCACAGACCCUCCCCCCACCUCUGCCCCCCAGGGGGAGUUUAUUGAGCUUAGGUUCAAAUGAUGUUUUCAUCCCCAACACAUCUAGCCCUUGGCACUCUAAGGUAGGGUAGAGGAUAAUACAAAAAACCUUUUUUUUUUAUGACAGUGUACCACAAUCCCCUUUUUUAAAAAAAGGACAACCAAUAAAUGCUUUAGUUAUUAAAGAGUAACAAAAAAAGUUAGGAUUCCAUAUUCCUUGUUUAGCUUGACAGCUAAAUAUUGUUUUCCCCUUCUUCUUUCCACUACGCCCCCCACACACACACACAGCCAGACUUUUAUGCAUAAACUUGUUGAGAACCUCUAGACAGGACUUGGUCUGGCAUAGUUUGUGGUCAUGUGGAAACCAACCAUUAGAGAGAAAAUGAAGGACUGUAAGUCUCCCUGGCUCAGAACGAGCUGAUCUAUCCAUCUGUAUGUCAGCUGGACCUCCUGCCGCACCAAUUUGACACAACUUUUGUCUUUCUCCCUGUCUGAGGCAGGUUCCAUGCAAUGUGUCUGGCAUAAGUCCAAAUGACGAUCCAGAGUAGAAAAGGAGAGAAAGAUAGGAAAAUGUUGCAUCAAAUGCUAUUAUCUGAAAUAUGCAAGAAGAAAAACAGAUUUGAGUAAGUGAGCAUAGAACCUUGAAUAUCCAAGGCUGAGACUUUAUUGAAAUAAGAGUGUUUUGGAGGGACAGAACACUGGAAAAUGUUUGUAAGAAAAAUUUAUACAGAGGGACCCAUUGUCUUGGAGCUCUGUGAAUGAGGCUUAGAUAAGAACUAUAGGAAAAGCCAGAUGUUCCUUUUUCAUACAGUUCUGUUUAUAGAGCCUUAACGAGAUUUCUAUCUCAUUUUAUAUGAGGGGGGAAAAGAAACUUCCAUCUAAAUGUUUUAUAUAGUUGGGUAUGUCUAAAAUUAGUUGUUUUUUAGAAGCACAUUAAUAAUGAGCAUAUAUAGACCUACCCAAUUUUUUUAUUACAUUAUCAAUUUAUUAUUUACAAGUUACUGGUUAACUGAAAAAAAAAAUCAAUCCAAAGACAGAUUCAAAAACUGCGUUCACAUUUAUAGAAUAAAGUAUUGUUUCACUUGUGUCCCAUAAUACUUAGAGAUGUAAAAGGAAUUAUUAUGUUACCAGUUUGAAUGCAUUGUGUUUUUUAUACCUCUCCUUGCCAAAGUCUUGGAUUUGACACAUGUGAUUGGUUCUUCGGAAUCCCCUCCUAUGUCCCACACAUAACUGCCAGGCAGUGAAUGUUGUUUGCCUGCCCUGAAAGAUUCAAGGACUGAAGAGUUAUUGCAAGGGCUGGGCUCAAUACGUCCAAAAGUGUAUUUUUAUUAUGAUCUACUAUGUUUGGGGAAUUUAUCUACUGAACUAAAUCAUCUUUCAAAACCUCAAAGAAGAUGCAGCCUGGUACAGUGGAAAGAGCACUGUCUCUGGAGUCACAGUACAAGAGUUCAAAUCCCCGCUCUCAUCCUUACUAUCUGUGUUUCAUUUCACUUCCCCUAAGUCUCAGGUUGCUCAUCUAUAAAAAUAAAUGGAUUGAAAUAGAUAGCCUCUGAGGUGCCUUCAAAUUCUCUCUCUACGUGGUCUUAUUCUCUGAUCUGAUUCUAACAACGUAGCAUGAAGACUAAAGUUGAGCUUCUGAAAUCGUGGCCCUCGGUCUUCAAUAUACAUAUGUUGAAGAGAAAAACUUGCAAAAGAGAAAAUGGCCCAGGUUUUAUGAACGGAGUAGACAGUUGACCUGUUGUAUUCUGUAUCCCAGAUUUUCGGAGAGCAGCCUCAGUUUGAGUAUCUCAACUCAAAGUUGCCAACUAUCUGGAACUGAAAUAUUUAGAAUGUAUUUUUUAAACAAUGAAUGUUCCAAUAUUCCAAGGAUCUCUGCUUGCUUUUUUUGAAAAAACAAAAUCCUUUUCCAGCCAAAACUUCUGAUUGCACCUCUAUGAUAAAACAACAAAAAGAAAAAAACACUGCUGCAAAAGAUUAAAAAAUCAGCAUUUUUUUCUUCCCCCAAACCUGAAGUUAUUAUGUGUGCUUUCAUUUUCUAUGAAGUUUUAGGUAUAUUCCAGAUGCAAUACAGUAUUUUAACGUUCAUCAUAUCAUUUUAUAUUAAAGUGUAUUUACAGUA